ACGGAGUUCUGUGCUUUUGGGUUUUCCCAGGAAGACGAGUCUCCCGUGUCCAUCACCACCACGGAACCUGUACAGCACCAGGCACUUCGGGCUUUCCUGAUGCUCUGACCCCUGCAGUGCUGGGGACGUCUGGACUUUGAAGGCAAGAAGCAGAAUUGUGAAAUUUUUUUCCUAAAUUUCACAAACCCUCCAUUUUCAGCUGCAAAGGGACCAGCACUUGGUGUGGAGAUGGGGAACAUGGACGGGAAAACCGUGGAGGAGCUGAGCACCACCGAGUGCCACCAGUGGUACAAGAAGUUCAUGACGGAGUGUCCUUCUGGCCAGCUCACCCUCUAUGAGUUCAAACAGUUUUUUGGCUUGAAAAACCUGAGUCCAGCAGCGAACAAAUACGUUGAGCAAAUGUUUGAGACAUUUGACUUUAAUAAGGACGGCUACAUAGAUUUUAUGGAAUAUGUGGCAGCUCUGAGCCUGGUGCUGAAGGGGAAGGUGGAUCAGAAGCUGAGGUGGUAUUUCAAGCUCUACGACGUGGACGGGAAUGGCUGCAUUGACCGGGCUGAGCUGCUGAACAUCAUCAAAGCCAUUCGAUCCAUCAACCGCUGCAACGAGACGAUGACGGCGGAGGAGUUCACAGACAUGGUGUUUAACAAAAUCGACAUAAAUGGAGAUGGUGAGCUGUCCCUGGAGGAGUUCAUGGAGGGCGUGCAGAAGGAUGAGAUGCUUCUGGACAUCCUCACGCGCAGCCUGGACCUGACACACAUCGUGCGGAUGAUCCAGAACGACGGCAAGAACCCGCACGAGGGGGAGCAGGAUGCCCAGGCUGCCCAGUAGCUCCUGGGAUGCUUUCCCUUCGCCUCCCCCCUGGCACUGUCACCUCGGAUCGGGCUGUGGAGCUGGGAGCUCCCACUGACAGACACUGGGAGCAGGAUCUGCCUGGGCAGCGAGAGGAGAGGCCUCUGCAAGGAGGGGGUGCAGAGCUGGGCUCGUCUCACACGGCUCUGGGAUGGCCUUGGGGCCUCUGGACGCUGCUGCUGAGCUCAGAGGGGGCACAGCUGGGGCCCCCCAGGCAGGGGAGCAGCACGAGGCUGUGCAGGUCAAGAAUGCACCGAGAGCACCCCAAAAUUCCCACUGAGGCCGUGGCCAACAGCUCCUCGGGGGGGUCCAACCCCUGGGCUGCCCAGGACUUGGCCCCAGUGAGAGGGGUCCUGGAAAAGCAGAUCUAAACCUUCUCCUUCCAUUUCUAUUUCCAGAGCAAGCAAUCACUGGUUUUGGUCACUCCUUCCUUCACUUGUUAUUAUUUGGUCAGCAGUGAUUAGUGAUAAUGCGAGUUAAAACAUUUAUGAGCUAGAAAAAGGGGAGGGGUGAAUGCAGUGGCUUUUCUCUGUUCAAAAGCAUUAAAAACAUCGAAUGGUGCCUUUUUUAAAGAACCCCCUGAAGUGUACGGGAAUGUGUCUCCCUGAAGCAUCUGGAAGGAAGGAAGCGUUCCCAGAUAAGCAGAAUCAGCAGUGCAGGGGAGAGGGAGGAGCGCUGUAGGACUAUUCCCGCACCUUUCACCGCCUGGAUAAGGAGCUCCAGGAGGUUUUGGCUCCCAUGUCUGCGUGGGCUUUGAAGGGGGAGCUGCUAGAGAGGAGUGAGGCUCAGCUCUGAGCGCCCACAGUAGCUGAGGACUCCUGAGCAGGCCCUGGGGCCCAGCACCUCCAGGGUGGGAUCACGGCCAGCCCCCACAGAGCCCAGAGCCAGCUCCUCCCUGGAGCCCCCGGGCAGAGCGGCCUCACGCCCCGAGCCGGGGCUGCCCAGGACCCCGACACGCACAAGGGCGGCUGCAGGAGCGCAGCCUUGCCCCAAACCAUCCCUGAGCUGAGCUGGGAAGAGGUUCCUCACCAACCAGAGCAGUCCCAGGCGUGGUGAGGCAACACAGGACACCAGGAAGGAUUUCUUGCCCAGCUGAGAGUUUUGCUAUUUAGCACUGGGUGUUUGCAAUUCACAAGCAGCUUUCUGACCAUUUUUCCUGUGCAUCUUUUUCAUUUGACAGAGUUUUACCUGGAAGCUUUUGUACUUCCAGUCCUACAGUGAACCAAUAAAGGUGUUUUACAAUAUUA